AUGCUCUGCAAAUACAACUUCAAUGGCGUCAAAGCUCUCAACUUCAUCCAUGACUUCCGUUAUCUUCUUCUCUAUUCAACAUCAUCUUCGUCUUCUUUGGCAAAUUAUUUGGUGGAUUCUCUGGGAUUCUCCGACCAAGAUUCUCUCUCCACUGCCGCAAAACUCUCUCGAAUUCGUAAAAAUCAAGGUAUAAAGAAUCUAACUGAUGAAUUAAACAUCAUCAAAAAUGCAGAUUCAGUUAUUAAUUCCUUUAAGCGAAAUGGUUUUGAGCUACAUCAUAUUAGAAAUUGUGUAAUUUCUCAUCCUAAAAUUUUAUUAUCUAGAGUUGAGAAAACCCUAGAACCUAAAUUUAAGCUUCUUCAGGAAAUGGGUUUAUCAUCUUCUGAUUUAAUUCAUGUUAUUUCAAGGAAUCCUUCAUUGUUAAAUCGAUGUUUAUUUUCUGCAAUUCAAACUCUUAAGUGUGUUUUAGGUAGUGAUGAGAAUGUUUUUAGAAUAAUUCGACAAUCGAAUUUGCUAUAUUCAUCUUUAGGUAAAAACAAUAUAAUUCAGAAUGUUGAAUUGUUGGAGAAGUAUGGCAUUUGUAGUGAGAAAAUUCAGAAACAUAUGGUUCUGAAACCAAGACCCUUCUUGGUAAGAACUUGUGUACUUGAAGAGAUAUUGAUUAGGGUUGAGGAGAAGUUGGGGAUUCCUCGCGAUUCGGGGAUGUUCUUGUAUGUUCAGUUGCUUGCUGGUAUUAGUGACAGAAACUUUGAUUCUAAAUGCAGGGUAUUUGAGAGCUUUGGGUGGAAGAAAUUAGAUGUUGAAGCACUUAUCAGGAAGAAUCCUCUUUGCUUUACUUUGUCUGAAGCGAAGAUCAAUAAGUCGUUGGAAUUUCUUAUGAAUGAGCUCGGUUGUGACCCUGCUUGUGUGGUAGCGUAUCCUAUCUUGUUAACAUCUAGCCUGGAGAAGAGGUUGAUGCCGAGAUAUAGAAUCUUGGAGAUGUUAAAGGAAAAAGGUUUGCUCCAAGCAGAUUACCCUCUAUUCAGGGCUAUGAGCUACACUGAGAUCAAGUUCUUGGUGAAGUUUGUUCAACCGUUUAAGGAUGAUGUUCCCCAUCUCGAUGAGAUUUACGAUACAAGUAGAGGUCUUCAUAAGGUGCCAGAAACUACAGGGAAGAAGAGCAUAUAG